AGCAGAACAGCCGGCCUCAUCAAGGAUAUUCACAUCCAACGCUCCCCUCAAUCAUACAAGCAAAAUGAAGCUCCAGCUCCACCUCGCCCUUUCCCUCCUUGCCGCUAUUGUGGCAGCGAAUCCAAUCCGUCUCGAUCAACGCCAGAUCACGGGAAACGAGCUCCGCGACGGUUCCUGCCACGAUGUCACCUUUAUCUUCGCUCGUGGCUCUACUGAGCUUGGGUACCUGGGCAGCACCGUCGGGCCCGCUACCUGCAAUGUCCUGAAACUCAGGAAGCCCGGCCAAGUCGCAUGCCAGGGCGUUGCGCCGGCGUAUAUCGCCGACCUGGCUUCUAACUUUCUGCCACAAGGAACGAACCAAAUUGCUAUUAACGAAGCCAAAUCUCUUUUUGAACUCGCGGCGUCCAAGUGCCCCAACACCAAGAUCGUCGCGGGUGGAUACAGCCAGGGAGCGGCAGUCAUGCAUGCUGCCAUCUCGACGCUCUCGAGUACUGUUCAGGACCAGAUCAAGGGGGUUGUUCUCUUUGGCGACACGCGCAAUAAACAGGAUGGCGGACGUAUUCCGAACUUUCCCACUGAUAAGACAAAGAUCAUUUGUGCAUUUGGUGAUCUGGUUUGCGAGGGCACGCUCGUCAUUACUGCGGCUCAUCUUAGUUACAUUGAUGAUGUUCCGGAUGCUGCUGACUUUCUUGUUGGGAAGCUUUAAGUAGCUCACCUUCAAGUUUCUGCAUCUGGGGUGAGCCUGGUUUCCAGACCUUGGGGAUUUUUUGCUGGAAUUCGAGAUGUUUGUUCUUUAUUGGCGAGGCCGCCGACAAUAGUCCUGUAUGGAUAUUGACGCAGAAUGAAUAUGGAUAUUUUUUUCAUACA